ACAAGUGCCAGGAAGAAGAAAGAUUUCCAAACUUAGUUACCAUGGCGGCGCUGACACGGCGCAGCUCGUUUUAGACCCACUGAGAGCUUCUAAUCGGACGGUUUGACGAGAACUUGAGCAGAAGGAGUUUUAUAAGUCGAGGAGGAGAAAGGAGGUCCAGGCGGAGACAUGGGGAAGAAACAGGAGAACCAGGACUCCGAGUACGGAGAAGCUGCUCAGUUCGACCCAGCAUUCAAUGGACCCAUAAAGAAAAGAGGAUGCACCGAUAUCAUCUGCUGCGUCCUCUUCAUGGCCGUCAUCCUCGGCUACAUCGUAGUCGGGAUUUUAGCGUGGCUCUUUGGAGAUCCAAGACAUGUUCUGUAUCCCAGAAACUCAACCGGGUGGUUCUGUGGCAUCGAACCAAAUGAAGGCCGAGCCAACCUGUUCUACUUUGACAUUCUCAAAUGUGCCACAUCUCUUAACGUCAUGGCGUCUGCCCUCAAUGGCUUGCAAUGUCCGACCACACAGGUGUGCGUGGAAAGCUGUCCCAAUCAGUUUUGGGCCGUGGGAGUUUCGUCGUAUUUUGUCGGCGUGAAACCGGUAAACGUGUUCAACCAGAGCCUCUGCGUGCCGUCUAUCGACCUGGCGACCACGACGAAGAGUGUUAAGGAAAUUGUGGACAAUGAGCUUUGUCCUUUCUUCUACAUGCCCACGAUCUCAGUGCUGGGUCGAUGUUUACCCGACAUCCCGGCCCUGGGGAGGAUCCCUUCUGACUUUGCCAACAUUCCCGGAUUACCCUCCUCAGUCAAUGACACAGUCAACCAAAUCCGGAAUGGCACUGGGGACAUGGUGAACGGCUUCAACGCCAAGGAGGUCGGCAUGCGCAUCUUUGAGGAUUUUGCGUUGUCAUGGCCGUGGAUCCUCCUUGGUCUGCUUAUCGCCAUGGUGGUCAGCAUGCUGUUCCUGUUGCUGCUGAGGUUCACCGCUCCAGUGAUGGUGUGGGUGCUCAUCAUAGGGGUCCUGGGUGCCGGGGCCUACGGCAUCUGGCACUGCUACUGGGAAUAUGAUACCUUAAAGCAGGCGUCGGCCACCAUCUCGGAUAUUGGCUUCACCACCAACUUAGACGUCUACCUGCAAGUCCAAGAGACCUGGCUGGCCUUCUUGAUCAUCAUAUCUGUGGCGGAGGCGAUCAUUCUCCUGACCAUCAUCUUCUUGCGGUCAAGGAUCCUCAUCGCCAUCGCUCUGAUCCAGGAGUCAAGCAAGGCAAUCAGUCACAUGAUGUCCUCUCUGCUCUACCCCCUGGUGACCUUUGUUCUCCUGCUGGUGUGCGUCGCUUACUGGGGCGCCACUGCUUUAUAUUUGGCCACUUCGGGAGGCCCGAUCUACAAAGUGGUGGCUCUGAACUCCACGGCUGACGACUGCAGCAGUAUCAAUGGCACUGUGGACUGUGACCCUCAGAACUUCACCGCGGCGGACUACCCGGGCUGCCCCUUUGCCAGCUGCAUCUUCAUCAAGUACAACGACGAGGGUCUGUUCCAGAGGAACCUCUUCAACCUGCAGAUCUACAACGCCGUGGCGUUCCUCUGGUGCGUCAACUUCGUCAUCGCCUUGGGGCAGUGCACGCUGGCGGGGGCCUUCGCCUCCUACUACUGGGCCUUCACCAAGCCGGACGACAUCCCCACGUUUCCCCUGAGCGCGAGCUUCUUGCGCUCUCUCAGGUACCAUGUGGGCUCCUUGGCGUUCGGAGCUUUGAUCCUGACCCUGGUGCAGAUAGCCAGGAUGAUUCUGGAGUACAUUGACCACAAAACGAGAGCGGCGCAGAAUCCAUGUGCACGGUUCAUCCUGUGCUGCAUGAAGUGCUGCCUCUGGUGUCUGGAGAAGUUCAUCAAGUUCCUCAACAGGAACGCGUACAUCAUGAUUGCAAUUUACGGGAAAAACUUCUGCGUCUCGGCCAAAAACGCUUUCAUGCUGCUCAUGAGAAACGUCGUGAGGGUCGUGGUGCUCGAUAAAGUCACGGACCUGCUGCUGUUCUUCGGGAAGCUCCUGGUGGUCGCAGGAGUAGGCAUACUGUCCUUCUUCUUCUUCUCUCGACGGAUUUUAUUACCAGGCAACACCUUCCGCUCUGAAACCCUCAACUACUACUGGAUGCCCAUUAUCACGGUGGUGUUUGGCAGCUACCUCAUCGCUCAUGGAUUCUUCAGUGUGUACAACAUGUGUGUGGACACACUCUUCCUCUGCUUCUUGGAGGACUUGGAGCGUAACGAUGGAUCGCAGGAGAAGCCGUACUAUAUGUCCAAAAACCUCAUGAAGAUCCUCAACAAAUCCAACAAAGCACCAAAAAAGGGUAAAGGGAAGGACUGAAGAUCGCUUUACGCCUUAAACACUGUCGUUUUAUUCAGGAUACAUUUACAUCCUUUUUCAACCCGUUCAACCAAAAUUUAUUUGCAAGUUUUGCACUUUUUAAUGGUUUUAUUUUGUCUGUGCAUUUAGUAUUAAUGUCUGUACACAUGAAAUAAUUAAUGUGGAUGUGGGUCAUGUGAUAUUUUAAGUUGCAAGGUGUCUUGCAUGACUUUUCAUUUGUUAAAAUGUUUUUGAUUUGGCAUUUUAUCUUUUGAUUUAACUGAAAGUCCUACAAUAUUUCUUCUGUUAUUGUAAACAAUAUUUGCUUGUGGAUUUUUCUCCCCUUUCAAGAAGUACCUUCUAUCAAAUGAAAAAAGUGCCGAUACGUUAUAUAUUUUUGUAUAUAUAUAAAAGAUUGUUUUAUAAAACAUU